AUGGAAAAUGCAUAUCAUGCUGUUUUAUUCACUUUCCUGUCGGCAAAUUUACCAGCAAGGAAACUUGGUGUUGAUAUUUCAAACCCUGCAGAAUGGUUUCCUCAAGCUCGUAAAUUGAGAAGAAAAUUAAUACUUCAUGUUGGUCCAACAAACUCUGGGAAAACAUAUCAUGCUUUGAAAAGAUUAAAAGAAUCUAAUAAUGGUUAUUAUGCGGGACCUUUAAGAUUAUUGGCUAGAGAAAUUUAUGAAAGAUUUAAAGCAGAGGGGACCCGUUGUAAUUUAGUCACUGGGGAAGAAGUUAUCCAGGAUUUAGAUGAGUAUGGUAUGGAAGCUCCAUUAUCAAGUGGUACAGUGGAGAUGGUUAGCACAGCAAGAAACUAUGAAGUUGUUGUAUUGGAUGAGAUUCAAAUGCUUGGUGAUAGAGGUAGAGGUUGGGCUUGGACAAAUGCUCUUCUUGGUGUUCAUGCUAAAGAAGUUCAUUUAUGUGGUGAAGAAAGUGUUAUACCAUUGAUUAAGAAAAUCGCUAGUAUUACAGGUGACGAAGUUUUCGUUAACAAAUAUGAGAGAUUAGGUAAAUUAUCAGUUGAAGAAGGUACCAUUAGAGGAUUGGAAGGAUUGAAAAAGGGUGAUUGUAUUGUUGCUUUCAGUAAGAAAAGAAUAUGGGCAUAUAAAGAACAAAUCCAAACAAAAACUAAGCUGAAAUGUGGUGUUAUCUAUGGUGCAUUACCUGCUGAAGUUAGAAGUACAGAAGCUGCUAAAUUCAACAGAGGUGAAUAUGAUGUUUUGGUCGCCUCUGAUGCUAUUGGGAUGGGGUUGAACCUAAGUAUUAAUCGUGUUAUUUUUGACAACCAUUCAAAAUUCAAUGGUGUGAGACUAGAAGAUUUAGAAAGUCCUCAUGUUAAACAAAUUGGAGGUAGGGCUGGUCGUUUCAAACAAGCUAAAAAAUCAACUUCAGUGGGUCUUGUUGGUGCUUUCUUUAAAGAAACACUAGAACAUAUCCGUGAAAACAUUUCAAAACCAACAAUUUUCCUAGAUAAGGCAAUUAUUUGGCCAAGUGAUGAGAUUUGGACACAUUAUACUAGUGAAUUUCCAGCAGGUACUCCAUUCACCACUGUUAUUCAAGCCUUUGAAAAAGAAGUUAAAGAUGUUCCGUUAUAUGCUAUUGCUGAUACAAGAGAUAGAAUAUCAAUGGGUGAAGUUUUCACAAAAAUUCCAAACCUGUUGAUUGAUGAUCAAUUGCGUAUUGGUACAGCACCAUUAGGUGUGUAUGUGCCAUUAUUUGCAGAUGUUAUUUAUGCAUACUCUGAAACAAUUGCAAAAGGUUACACUAAGUCAUUAUUAGAUUAUGAUAAUAUUUUACCUUUUAGAUGCUUAAAGCCAGAAGAAGUUAGUGAUGAAAAAUUGGGUCAAUUUGAAGAGCUCCAUAAAUAUGUGUUGUUGUUUUUAUGGAUGAAUAAUAGAUACCCAUCCUUUUUUGUUGAUAGAGAAUGUGCUGUUGAAAUCAAAGAUUUAUUGGAAGCAAAGAUUGAAAAGAUUUUGAAACAAGUCAAAUAUCAUGGUAUUGGUCGUCAUCCAAAGAAGAGUAAAAAGAGGUUUAGAUCUAAUGAUGGUGCUGUUAGUGCCAAAAGAGAAGAACGUUUGACAUGA